UCCCUGUCCUCAGAACAAGUCUUCCAACGCCGCCCCCAAGCCGCAGGAACGCCGCCACCCGCCGCCGACUGCAGCUUCCGGCUCCGGCGUGCGCUCAGCUCAACUGCUCCAAGCCUCCAGCUCUCGCUUCAUUGCUUCAACGCAUGGGCAAUCACCAAGGUAGAAUGAUAAUAUCGAAUGAAGCUGUUCAUGUAGGCCAUCCCUAACUGACAUUUUACUUGUGGGAUUGGUCGCCUUCUCGAGCCCAGGGCCCAUACACGAUUUGGCCCAUGCGCGCUUUGUUCUGGCGUUCAUGUAUAAACCAUUUGUUUCUUUGGCACAUGAAGACAGAACUACCCUACUGCUUCGUGAAGACGAUGGAGUGGCCACCGCCGUCGACGUCACCAUCGCCGUCGCUGGUGGUGCGCAGCCCCAGGCAGACAGUCAGCCUGAUCCGCAACCGGCGACCCCAUCGUGACUGGGCCCCCUCAUCGAGGUCUCCCUCUUUCGCCGCCCGUGACCAUGGCCCCAAGCCGUCGGAGGUGUACGGAUUCGUUGGAUCCAUCACCACCGUCAUUGCCACCGCCGUGUACCUCGCCUGGGCAUACACGCCCGAGCCCGUCCUCCGGUCACUCGGCAUCACCUACUACCCUAGUAAGUACUGGGCACUGGCGGUGCCAUCGUUCGUGGUUGUGACCGUGGUGCCGUCCAUGGGCAUCUACAUGGGCCUCAACUUCGCUGCCACUCCUCCUCCGACUUCCUUCAGCACUAUCUUCGAUGAAAAGAGUAGGGAGCACACAGCCUUUUCUCCUGCAACUGAGGAUGAGAGGCCCAUCGAACCCAUCUCAGACAUCGGUAUUGAUCGGAUCAACAGUCUUAUGUAUGGUGAUAGAUGAUUUCCCCCGGUGGAAUAUGAGUUUACCAUGGAUCGUCGGAUUGGAAACAGAUGCAAACGCGAAGGAAGAUUUCCAUGUCAGUUGAACUUUGUUUGGCAGUCCAGCUAAGAGUUAUCGGUACUCGCUAUGUCGCGCGCGUUCGACGACUACUAUAUUAAGGAUUAUGCUGUCAUCUCGCGCCGGAUGUGACGUAGAGGAGGAUCGACAUCAAUGACCACUUGUCAUCGUCGGGUAGCUUUUAUGUCGGUCUGUCUUUAAUUCUCUUCGCAAACACACACUUGUCUUUUUGUUUAAGCAAACAUGUAUGGUGGUGCGUGUCUGAUGACUGACGAUGUACGAGCGAACUUCUACCGGCAGGUGUCACACGUGCUCUCCAAUGAUGAGACCAUACAAAUUGUGGUAUAUAUCAAAGUCUACAUGAUA